AUGGGGUCCUGGUAUCGCACUUUGAGCCUGACGGCGAUGGCGAUGGCGGUUGCGGGAGUGGAAUCCAGCGCAUGCCGAGCCAACUCUGCCCCGAGCGUGACCAUCAAGCAGGGCGCGAUUCAGGGGUUUGCUCAGAAUGACACCGACGUCUUCCUCGGCAUCCCCUUUGCAGAGACAACGGCGGGGGAGAACCGUUGGAAGGCUCCUCAGCCCAUCGACGCGUUCCAGGGCGGAUACUUUGAGGCCACAACCUAUGGGCCAUCAUGUGCCCAAGUCAUGUCCGGCAACGCUAUCACCGAGCAGAGCGAGGACUGCCUCAGUCUGAACAUUUGGACACCCAGCCAGGCCACCGGCCGUGAUCUGCCCGUGUUCGUCUACAUCUACGGCGGUGCUAUGGUCACCGGUGGCAGCAGCAAUGCCCAGUGGCAAGGUUUCAACAUGGCUCGCAACGAUGUCAUCUAUGUCAACUUCAACUACCGCGAGACUUUUGGCGGCGACAAGUCACGCAUUGUGUUGGGAGGUCACUCCUCCGGCGGAGUGCACGUGGACCACUACCUCUGGAACCACCCUGAGACUUUCUUGGCUGGUGCAAUCGAAAUGUCGGCCAACGCUCAGUCGGGCCCUGCCAUUGCCCCCGCUGGAGUCGCCCUGAAGCAAGUUGUGCAGGACAUGAUCGAUGCCGGCGUGUCCUUGGACUGUACCGCUGAAGACUAUACUCUGGACUGUCUGCGCGCCGCCGACACGUAUGCCUUCCAGACGACGUCCUUCAACGCCACGACGAACACCUGGUUCUCCCCCUCCGUGGAUGAGAUCACCCGAUUCUCCAACUACACCGAGCGCUUCCAAAAUGGGCACUACGCCACCUCCGUCCCCCUUGUUGUUGGUAACUCCGACCAGGAGGGUGCGAUCUUUGGCUAUGUCUACGGCAGCGAGAACACCAACUUCUCCUCCUGGAUCCACACCUUUGAUGCCGACCUGGCAUUUGUUCCGGAGGCUGAACUUCUCGCCGCCUACGACGCCUCGGACUACUCGUCUAUCUCUCAAAUGAGCGGCGCCUCCUACGGGGACGCGCGCUUCCUCUGUGCGACUGACGCCAUGUUGCAGCUACGCGCCGCUCAGCAAUCCACCUGGAUCUACCGCUGGUUCGGCAACUACUCGAAUGUCCUCCCGAUCCCGAACCUCGGACCUUCACACGGAAGUGAGGUUCCCUUUUUCCACGGUGGCAACGAAUGCUUCUCGCUCCUGGAGGGCGUAACUUCCGCCGAGCAGCAGCUGGCGGACUACAUGCUCUCCUGGUUCGUCGCCUGGAUUAAGAACCCCCAGGCCGGACCAGGCUGGGCACAAGCCUCGCCCUCGAAUGGACCUUUGGCGCGCGUCGGUGUGCCCGAGCACGAGGAAGAGAUUGUCAUGAGCACCACUGGCACGUACAAUUCACGUUGCCAGAGUGUUUACCUGCCCAACUACCCUCACUACCCCGUGAUCCAGAACCCCGUCUCCCUGGCUGGAAAUGCCUGA